AACUAUUUUUUAGCGUAUUAUUGGGUAGAAUGUACUCAUAAUAGUCCGUUUCCAAGCUCUGCAGUAUUGGGUGGGUCUGAUGUAGAUGGCCAACCUAUUUACGUGGGCAGGGCAUACCAUGACGGCGACUGGAUACCAGCUAAAAUUGUCCCAGGACGAAGAUCUGCAUACCUAUCCUACGCUGGCAAAGAAAUCUGUGUCAGUAAAUACCAAGUUUUGUGCGAGCAAAAGUUUGACUGGGUACCAUCUACUAAUGGUCAAGUACCUCCAAAUGCUGUGAUUGGUGGUAGGACUUCUUCGGGUGAGAAUCUCUACAUAGGUAGAGCAAGGCAUGGAAACUCUCUAACCGUAGGAAAGAUACAUCCCAGUCAUCAUACAUGUUACAUUUCGUUUGGAGGACAGGAACAUUCUAAAAAGACCUACGAAGUUCUAGUUCAACGUCACUAAUUGCUUAUUUCUAAUAUUUAUAUGUUAUUAAUAUAUUUUGUAAGCUGCAGUUAUAGUCUGUAAUUAUAGUCUGUCCAACAAAUCAGGAAAGAUUUUAGCAGAUAACAUCCAAAAAAUGACAGACACAACUGUCACUGUCCUAGAUACUCUCGUUAUAUCUAUGUAAUAAAAUGUUUUAUUAUA